CUGCUAUCAACCAACCGUCACCAACCUCUUCUCCUUCGUACCUGCCAGACUCUCCGCAAUGGCAAACGAGACCCGCAAGAACAACGGCGACUAUGACCCGCUCCUGCACGACGGCCAGCCCGCCCUGCCGCGGUCCUCGACCGAAGUCGACACAUCCUCCUCCUCCUCGUCCACACCCAGCGCCGAGCCCAGCGUAGCGACAACGACCGACAACGGCUCCACCGUUGACCUCGAGGCGGAUCUCGAGGCCGUGGCUGCCGAGCAGCUUGCGCCGACGACGACGACGCAGUCCACGCCGACGCGGUUCCGAAGAGUGCGCUCGGCCGCGACCGAGCCCGCGCUCAAGAAGUUGAUUGUCAUCCUCAUCGUUCCCGCCGUCGUGCUCUUCAUCGUCUUCUUCUUCAUCUCGCGCAUGUCCAAGACCCCGUCCCGCGACGCCUCGCCGAUCGCCGCGCCGACAGGCAUCUCGUUCGCAUCUGGGUUCAACAUGAAGCAGUCCUGGGGCUCGCUCUCGCCCUACUACGAGACCGGCAAGGCAUGGCCUGGUAUCAGCGAGAUGGCCGGCAAGGGAUACUACGGUCUGCCACACGCGCAGUGCUCGUUCAAGCAGGUGCAUGUGCUCCACCGCCAUGCUGAGCGGUACCCUACCGGCGGCGCGUUCGACAAGAUCAACGAGAUGGCCGAGAAGCUGUACGGCAUGACCGAGAAGCCUGCCGAGGAACUUUCAUGGAUCUCGGACUGGCGCCAGACCAUGAACGAUGAACUCUUGCUCGCGUCCGGAGUCGCAACCGAGUUCACCUCCGGCUCGAUGUUUUGGGAAACCCACGGCAGAUUCCUGUUCAACGCCACCGACAAGGGCGAGAUGUUUUACCACCCGACACUGAACGUCUACCCGAACGGUACCGCGCGACCAAAGAUCGUGCUCCGGACGACCGAUCAGUCGCGGAUCAACACCUCCGCGCACGCCUGGGCGGCCGGCUUCUUUGGCAUCUACUCUGGCGAGCCCAACGCGCCGGUCGACGACGACGACCUGUACAAGAUGGUGUACAUGUCCGAGCGGGCGUUUGAGAACAACACGCUUGCGUCCUACUACUCGUGCCCGAACUCGCAGUCCAAGCGGUUCACGAUCGGCUCCCGCAUCUACCGCGAGUGGGUCAACAUCUUCCUCAAGGACGCGACCGAGCGCCUCAACAAGCUGCUCCCGACCGCCAACCUUACCCCGAUGGACAUUUACUCCGUGAUGGCGAUGUGCGCGUACGAGACCGCCGCGUACGGAUACUCGCGCUUCUGCGAGCUCUUCACCGAGAAAGAAUGGUACGGCUACGAGUACCGCGACGCGCUCGAGUUCUGGGGCGACGCCUCGCUCGGCUCGGCGGUCGGUGCCGCGCAGGGCGUGGGCUGGCUCAAGGAGCUCCAGGCCAGACUCGAAGGCCAUCUCCUGACCGAGCCCUAUGGGAGCAUCAACGUGACCAUCACCAGCAGCGAAGAGACCUUCCCGCUCGACCAGCUGUUUUAUAUGGACAUGACCCACGACACCAUCAUCCUCGCGAUCCUAACCGCGCUCGGCCUGCCGUUCGGCCAACUACCAUCCGACACCCUUCUCCAGCCGCGCCUGUUCGUCGCCUCGCGGCUCACCCCGUUCGGCGCAAGACUCUACGUCGAACUGAUUGACUGCCCGGAGUUUGACGAGACAAUGGUCCGUCUGAAACUCAACGGCCGCGUGAUGCCCUUGGUCGGCGUCGGCGAGUGUCCGGCGGACGAAGACGGGUUCUGCUCGCUGACGACGUUCAUCGACGCCCUCCGCAUCGCGACCGAGAAGGUCGACUACGAUAACGCGUGUUUUGGAAUCCCAAAGGGGUGGGAGAACGCACCGGAGUUCCACAGGCCCCUGGAUGAGUAAUCCAUCUAAAAAUCUGAAGAAAGCGACAACAUCUCUGUGCCUCGACAGCGGCAUAAUCUCUCAUACAUUUUUCAUUGUGAUGCAUCUGGAUACACUAUCCAUCGUGAAGACAAGGUGAAUAAAAAUAAGAAUACUUUUUGUGGGUUGAAGUAAGAUAAAGUGGUGGGUUUUACUGUUUAUAGUUUUAGUUUGUGCUUGUGAAUGUGUAAAAUUCAUAAAUAUUUCUUAAAUUA